AUGGGUCUCAAAAACUACUUCAAGGCCCCUCCAGCGGCCAAUGCGAGUGCACCGGAGGGCUCGUCCCCCCCACAAUCUGAGAAAGGACCAACGAUGACACCAGCUGUUGGUGGUAGCCUCGAGAUGCCAGGCUUACGGAGCCCGUCCCGUGUGUCCUCGUCGAGAAGCUCACUCAAUAGCCCUGGUUCCUCCCGCUCUUCCGCGUUAAUCGAGGAUAUUAAGCACGAAGUCAUGGCCAACUACCUCUUCCAACAGCAAUGCUCCCAGAUGUGGGUAGGGGACGUGACCGGUGAGGCGGAAGGAGUGGUCCUUCGCAAGCAUAGAAACAACUAUAUGGCUUGUCCUCCGGAACUAGGAAGAAGCCCAUUUGCUGCAGCUUGUGCGGCAAUGAACGUCCAGGUCGCCAUGACUGUAAACUCCCGUGUCAUAAAAACAUUUCUCCAAUGGUCGCCGGAUGCUCUCGACGUACCCUUGAUGAACGGCCUGCGUAUCCAGAUCCUACCAACAAUAGACGACCUCCCACGAGCUAAAAAGCAUCAGUUUGCCGCAUUCAUUGCACAUGAGCAGAUCUUGGUUGUUUGGGAUGACGAUGCGCUCCAUAUUGUGCAAAGAGCUAAGUCGAUAGAGAGCGAGCUCAUGGAGCUGGUUUGGAGGACACACGAAGACAUCGAAGCCGAUGAGAAAAAAGACCCCAACCACAUCCAUGUUGAGGGGUUAGAUGAGGAAAGUGGUGAGAUUACACUCGAGAGCAGGCCGACCCAUUUGAUGAACACUGUCUUGGUUUCGCUCACCCUCAUCUUGGUCAUCGUUACCCUCGGUGCUGGGUACCGUCAGCUCGCCGUUGAAAUUGCUGUUGAUGGCGAUUUCACAAGACUGGCGUUUUUGGCGCUUACCCCUGUGCAGAUCUUCCUAACACUCUUCUUCGGGCAAGUUAUUGUUGGUUGUAUCGCUCAGGUUUUUGGGCCUGUCCGACAAUUGUCCAUCAACUCUAAGUUUUACUCUGCAAAGCCCCCGGUCCGAAUCAGAACGCCGGUUCUACCGCAUGUUACUAUCCAGUGUCCAGUUUAUAAGGAGGGCCUUCACGCCGUCAUUGCUCCAACCAUCAAAUCGAUCAAACAAGCCAUAUCGACAUACGAACUACAGGGCGGCUCUGCCAAUAUUUUCAUCAACGAUGACGGACUCCAACUUAUUGAAGAGGAGGACAGACAGGCUAGAAUAGAAUUCUAUGCUGAUAACAAUAUCGGCUGGGUUGCUCGUCCUAAACAUGGCGAAAACGGUUUCCUGCGACGAGGAAAAUUCAAGAAGGCAUCAAAUAUGAACUUCGCCCUCAUGAUCUCCUGCAAAGUCGAAGAAAGAUUGGCUGCUAUCGAACGUACCGAAGACUGGACACAACAUGACGAGGCUCAGGCAUACGAAGAAGCCCUUAAGGAAGUCGUCACAACCGAUGGCCGUGCAUGGGCCGAUGGAAAUAUUCGAGUUGGAGACUACAUCAUUCUUAUCGACUCCGACACCCGUGUUCCAUCAGACUGUCUUCUGGAUGCGGUUAGUGAGCUCGAACGGUCACCGGAAGUCGGAAUUAUGCAAUACUCCUCUGGCGUCAUGCAAGUUGUCCACAACUACUUUGAAAACGGCAUUACUUUCUUCACAAACCUGAUCUACACUGCUAUCAGAUACACGGUCUCCAACGGUGAUGUUGCGCCCUUUGUUGGCCACAAUGCCAUCCUCCGCUGGUCAGCUGUCCAACAAGUUUCUUACAUGGAUGAGGAUGGCUAUGAAAAAUUCUGGUCCGAGUCCCAUGUGUCUGAAGAUUUCGACAUGUCGCUUCGAUUACAAGUCAAUGGUUACACAAUUCGCUUGGCGGCAUACACCGGGGACGGUUUCCAAGAAGGUGUGUCGCUUACAGUCUACGAUGAACUGGCCCGUUGGGAAAAGUACGCCUAUGGUUGUAACGAACUACUCUUCCAUCCCAUUCGCUUCUGGCUCAUCCGUGGACCUUUCACCCCACUGUUCCGUCGCUUUUUGUUCUCUAAUAUCCGUAUGACUUCGAAAAUCACCAUUAUCUCUUACAUCGGGACAUACUACGCCAUCGGAGCUGCAUGGAUCAUGACAACUGCCAAUUACUUCGCCAUCGGAUGGUUCAACGGUUAUCUAGAUAAAUACUAUAUUGACUCGUGGCGAGUGUGGUUCUCUAUCGUCAUCGUCUUUAACGGCCUUGGAAAUAUCGCCCUUGCCGUUAUGAGGUACCGUAUUGGCGAGAGGACCUUUCUCUGGGCUUUGUUCGAAAAUUUCAAAUGGGUUCCAAUGCUUGCACUCUUCCUUGGUGGCCUCUCUUUACACGUCUCUCAGGCUCUCCUUGCCCAUAUGUUUGAGAUUGAUAUGACAUGGGGUGCCACUGGUAAGGAAGUUGAAUACUCGAAUUUCUUCAUCGAAGUACCGAAGGUCUUAAAACGAUUCAAGUGGAGCAUGAUCUUUGCUCUUCUUGCUAUUGCUGGGGUGAUUAUUCUAGCUGUUGCUCCUUUCGUGCCUUAUUCGUACCGAAUCAAAGACUUCACACCAAUUCUUCCAAUGUGCACUGUAGCAGUCUCUCAUCUGCUAUUCCCACUCGCCCUCAACCCGGCGCUGAUGACCUUUUCUUUCUAA